CCGGCCGGGAUGGCUCCCGUAGCCGGGCCGGGCUGUCGGUUGUGCGGCGCCGGCGCCGGGAGCGCGCCCGAGGGUCGGGCGGUGUUGCGGGGUGGUCGCUGUGGUGUGCGUGCCCGGCCGUGCGUGCCCGGCGGGCCGGGCCGUGGGGCGUGGAGGGUUUUAUUGUUACCUUUGUUUGUUUUCGAUGAGAGCGAGGACAGCCCGGGCGCGCAGCCGUGGAUGAGCAGGACGUGUCCAGCCCUCGCAGGGAACCAUGGCGUACCAGCUGUAUAGGAACACCACGCUGGGCAACAGCCUUCAGGAGAGUCUGGAUGAGCUCAUACAGUCACAGCAAAUCACACCUCAGUUGGCCCUUCAGGUGCUACUUCAGUUUGAUAAAGCUAUAAAUUCAGCACUGGCACAGCGAGUCAGGAACAGAGUCAAUUUCAGGGGGUCUCUGAACACAUACAGGUUCUGUGACAAUGUAUGGACAUUUGUACUCAAUGACGUGGAAUUUAGGGAGGUCACCGAACUCGUGAAAGUGGAUAAAGUGAAAAUUGUAGCAUGUGAUGGAAAAAACACUGGUUCCAAUACUGCAGAAUGAAUAGACCUGUGGUUUGUCUGCAAUAUUUUCUGUUAAUAUGCAGCACUUUCUGGAGAGAAGCAUGGAAAGGGACUGAUGAUACUCAAUUCCUGUGAUGCAGAUGUGAGUUAAUCCAUACUAGAAGGCGUCGCAGAAUAACAGCGGAAGAAAUACCUGUAGCAUUUCUUCAUUUCACCUUAUAGGGCAUGAAUAUAAUGUUACCUUUUUUUUAAUUACAAGAGAUACUGUUGUCUUUUUUUUUUUUUUUUU